GUAUAAACCAUUUUCCAGAUGCCAUUAAAAUGCCAAGCAAGAUUUACCCGUUUACAUUGGCGAGAACAUCCAUAGAUUUAAUACCUCGCAAAAUGGCAUGGAUAAACCAAAAUUCGUUUUGUCAGUCGAUGAAACCCUUGUUAUGGUGUUUGAAGAUAACUGGCCUUCUACCCGGGAUAUCGUUGAUAGGAGGAAAUACGGAUUCGGAUAAUAAUGAAAUAACUCCAGAUCGUGUGAGGAUUAGAUCUUGUUCCGGAAGAGUAUAUACAGUUUAUUCGAUUGUUGUGAUUUUGAUUUUAUGGUACAAUUUAGCACUCUCAUUGACAGCAUUUGUUAGCGUCACGCAGUUUAAUGGCACAGUUUGUAAUCAGAUUAUCACUUCAAUGUGGUUUCUACAAAUUGCAUAUUGUUCAGUUUGUAACUUUUUCGUCUGCAAACACUUGAAAGUCUUUUGUGACCAGUUUGACGAUGUUGCCAAAUCUAUCAACUUUACUGACUAUUAUUUCAUAAGAAAAUGUGCAAUAGGUGCAACAGUUUUGUACAUCAUAUGGCUGUUGAUUGCGUUCACGUUCACUGGACUUGGUUCUUAUUUUCUAGCCGGUAAUGUUGCCGGACCGUUUGGAAAUGUCAGCGUUGGAGUUGAAAUUAUUGUUCGCAUUGCAUUUCUGGUAACAUACUUUUACUUCACGUCUACAUGGUAUUUGAUCGUGGCUUCAUUUUUCGUGGUCUCUCUUGUUUUAACUAAAUCGUUUAGACAUUUCAAUCGGAAUUUUAAGAAAUGCUUUGAAGAUGGAAAAUUUAAAGGUGACAUUGAAACGAUCCGAAUGCAGCAUGAGCACAUGACAAGACUACUUUUUCAAGCCGACAAAGUAUUUUCUAUGUAUGUAAUGUCAUCUAUUGGCACCGUGAUCCCGUUGAUAAUUUUUACCCUUUAUUUCCUCCUGUUUGAAUCCAUUGACGUUUUCUCGUUUAUAGCCACAUUGUGGUCAGCAUGUCUGAGUAUAAUACAGAUGAUGGUAGUUUUUCUUGGAGGAGGUUUUGUUAACCAUGAGGCACACGCAGCACUGGAACAUAUUUAUGGGAUUGAUAUGAACGUUAUGGGACCAAUUCACUGUCACCAGAUGAACGUAUUUCUUUCCAAACUAACUGCGAACCCCAUUGGUUUUACUGCAUUUGGAUUGUUUACGAUAGACAAACCUACCAUCAUUGCUUUUGCUUCGAGUAUCGUUACUUACACUGUAGUGGUAAUUCAGUUCAAACCGGCAUCACCGGAUCCAACAAGUUCUCUCUGUAACUGUACCCUCACAACAUGAUUAGUGAAUGACUUGUUUGGAGAGCUUAUUUAUGUAAAAAAUCAAGUUUGGAAAAUUCGGGUGUGAUUGAAUCUUUCAAGAUUUUAUGGACCAGUUAUUAUGUAUAUAUAGGUAUUGAUUCUGUAAAGAGUCUACGGCAGAUUCAUUGCAUUGUUUUUUUGUUUUGAAUGCUGCGUUUUAAGUAAUGAAAGUGCAAUAAUGACAGCAAAUCAAUUGGCAAACUUAUCUGAAGAUAACGUGAUUGGUCAAUGGUCAUAACUCGUAUGAUUUGCACAGUAAACUGUUUUCAUUCAAGUCAGAUAAGUGGGUUAGUAUGAUCAUGGAAGUACUAUAUAAUAGACAAUAUAGUACUUCCAUGGUAUGAGCAAAUAUAUUAUUCUACUCACCAUUGUAUUGUAUAUAUCAUUGUAAUGUAUAUUAAAUGUAUCCAAUUUUAUCGUGCUCUUAUUGGUGUUCAAUAAGAAUUCAUGUUGCUGCAAACUUGUCUGUACGUUUGCUUUCUUGUAGGAAUUAGAUGUCAAAUGUAUAAGAAGUUCGAAAGGUCAAUAAAUAUAAAAAGAGACUUUUGGAGGAGAUUAAGAAAACCCUGAAUUAAGAAUAUUAAUGCAUAAAUAGUAUAUUAGCUGAUUUCGUAUGAGAUUAAGACCAUUUUAAGUUACAAAAAUACAAACAAAAUUAAAUGAAAUAGGAUAACAAGACGCUAGGCCAUUGCUAUAAGGUUAUAAUAACUAAUUAUAUGAAAGUUAAAUAAUUUUCACGUGCAGAGUGUCCCUUCCAUUAAUCAUGAUUAUUGACUUAGAAACCGUUACGAUGUUCAUGUUGUCAGUUUUCCGAUCAUUUAGAGUGUAUUUCUAACGAAGUAUUUUUAUAUAUCACUGAUGUAUGGUAUGUUGUUGCAAUUGCACCCAUGUAUUUCAGUUUCAAACUAUGUAAAGUUCGGCAUCCCUUAGUCGUGAACCAAUUAUUUCGACAUUGUUUGAGAUCGGUUACAUAAACUGCUUUAAUGUAUUCAUAAAUGUACUGAUGCUGAACCAUUUUUUUUAUUCAUAAUAAUAAUGAUUUUAUUCGGUACAUAACUUUGUUUUAUGUAUGUAAAAUCAUGCUUUAG